CCCUCAGUAUGCUGCUUGGAGAUGACAAGCAAAAGGAAGCUGAUCGGGCGCCUGGUGCCGUGCCGGUGUUUCCGCGGGGAGGAGGAGAUCGUCUCCGUGCUGGAUUAUUCCCACUGCGGCCUGCAGCAGGUGCCAAAGGAGGUUUUCAACUUCGAGCGGACCCUGGAGGAGCUUUACCUCGAUGCCAACCAGAUCGAGGAGCUUCCCAAGCAACUGUUCAACUGCCAAGCGCUGCGGAAGCUGAGCAUUCCCGACAACGACCUCUCCAGCCUCCCGACCUCCAUCGCCAGCCUGGUCAACCUCCGGGAGCUCGACAUCAGCAAGAACGGAAUCCAAGAUUUCCCAGAAAACAUUAAGUGUUGUAAGUGUUUGACGAUUAUCGAAGCCAGCGUCAACCCCGUGUCCAAACUUGUCAAAUUGCGAAUUUUGGAGUUGAGAGAAAACCACUUGAAAACUCUACCAAAGUCAAUGCACAAACUGACUCAGCUGGAGAGGCUCGACCUGGGCAAUAAUGAGUUCUCCGAGCUGCCUGAGGUCCUUGAACAAAUCCAGAAUCUGAGGGAGUUGUGGAUGGACAAUAAUUCCUUGCAAGUGCUACCUGGGUCUAUAGGGAAGUUAAAACAGCUCGUGUACCUGGAUGUGUCCAAAAACAGGAUCGAGACGGUCGACCUGGACAUCUCGGGGUGUGAGGGGCUGGAGGAUCUCCUCCUCUCAUCCAACAUGCUGCAGCAGCUGCCAGAUUCCAUAGGAUUGCUGAAGAGGCUGACAACUCUGAAAGUGGACGACAACCAGCUCACCAUCCUGCCCAAUGCCAUCGGAAACUUGUCCCUGCUGGAGGAAUUCGACUGCAGCUGCAACGAGCUGGAGUCUCUGCCCUCCACCAUCGGGUACCUGCACAACCUGCGCACCCUGGCCGUGGACGAGAACUUCCUCCCGGAGCUGCCCAGAGAAAUCGGGAGCUGUAAGAACGUGACGGUGAUGUCCCUGCGCUCCAACAAACUGGAAUUUCUUCCUGAUGAGAUUGGCCAGAUGCAGAAGCUGCGGGUGUUAAAUCUGAGUGAUAACAGACUGAAGAAUUUGCCCUUCACUUUUACCAAACUCAAAGAACUGGCAGCCUUGUGGCUUUCUGACAACCAGUCCAAGGCUCUGAUCCCGCUGCAGACGGAGGCGCAUCCCGAGACCAAGCAGCGCGUGCUCACCAACUACAUGUUCCCCCAGCAGCCCCGCAGCGACGAAGAUUUCCAGUCAGACAGUGACAGUUUUAACCCCACUCUGUGGGAGGAGCAGAGGCAGCAGAGGAUGACUGUGGCCUUUGAAUUCGAAGACAAGAAGGAAGAGGAGGAAAAUCCAGGGAAAGUUAAGGUGGAGAUAAACCUCAAGCGUUACCCCACGCCGUACCCCGAGGAUCUGAAGAACAUGGUGAAAUCCGUGCAAAACCUGGUGAGCAAACCCAGCCUGGGCGUGCGGCCCGAGAACGCGGCGCCGGCCGCCAACGCUGACCCCACGGGCAAGGACAAGUACGAGCACAAGUGGCCCCUGACCCCCAAGGAGAUCUCCGUGGAGGAUGCCUUCGGACAUCCUGGCAGCGAGAUGAGGAUAGGGGAGCUCCGUCCUUCCAUGCCCGAGACGCCGCUCUACCCUCCCAAACUCAUCCUGCUGGGUAAAGACAAGAAAGAGUCGACAGAUGAGUCUGAAGCAGAUAAGAUCCAUUGUCUGAAUAACAGCGUUUCCUCAGGCACUUACUCAGACUAUUCCCCUUCCCAGGCUUCCUCAGGGUCCUCCAACGCGCACGUAAAAAUGGGCUCCCUGCAGACCACGGCUAAAGAAGCAGUGAAUAACUCUUUGUGGGGGAACAGGCUGGCCCAGUCGUUCCCGCAGCCCCUGGAGACCAAGCCAUUGCUGAGCCAGCGGGAAGCGGCUCCGGCCGGGAACGUCCCGGCACGCCCGGAGAGGCGCCCGCUGAGCGACGCCUUCGCCGACAGCUGGAACGAUGGCUCCCACUACGACAACACGGGAUUCGUGGCCGAGGAGAGCGCGGCAGAGAACGCCGGCACCAACCCGCUGCUGAGCACCAAAUCCAGGAGCUCCUCCGCGCACGGGCGCCGGCCGCUGAUCCGGCAGGACAGGAUCGUGGGGAUCCCCCUGGAGCUGGAGCAGCCCGCGCUCAGAAACACACACGACUCUGAAGUGCCUCCUCCAAACCCUUGGCAAAAUUGGACCAGAACCCCCAGUCCUUUUGAAGACAGGACAGCUUUUCCUUCCAAACUGGAAAGCACCCCCAACACCAGCCCUUUGCCCGAGCGGAAAGAUCACGUCAAGGAGUCCCCCGAAAUGACGAGCACUUUCACUCCAGGAAUUCCGUGGGAAUACCACGACUCCAACGCUAACAGGAGCCUCACGAACGUCUUCUCCCACAUGCACUGUCGCCCAGACCCUUCCAAGAACGUCAUCUCCAUCAGCAAGAGCACGGAGCGGCUCUCCCCCAUGAUGAGGGAUUUAAAAACCAACAAGUUUAAGAAGUCGCAGAGCAUCGACGAGAUCGACAUCGGUGCGUACAAGGUGUACAACAUCCCCCUGGAAAACUAUGCAUCCGGCAACGACACCGUGGGCCCCCACGAGAGGGUGGACAAGCUGCUGGGCCCGGAGCACGGCGUGCUGAGCAUGUCCCGCAGCCAGUCCGUGCCCAUGCUGGACGACGAGCUGCUGACCUACGGCAGCGUCAAGGUGCAGCCGCAGCACAAGGCGUCCGUCACCAAGAAAGUCUAUCAGUUCGACCAAAGCUUCAACCCCCAGGGCGCCGUGGAGCUCCCGGCCGACAAGCGGCUCCUGUCGCCCUUCCAGCUCAACGCCGAGUACCUGCCCCAGCCGGCCAAGAGCCUGCCCCAGGAGCUGGUGAGCCCGCGGGGCUACCGCGGCUACGCGCCCGUGGAGCCCAUGUUCUCCUUCUCACAGGCCUCGGUCGGCGAGGAGCCGGCGGCCGCCCCGUUCCCCGGCCCGGCGACGCGCCCCGGCUUCCUGCGCAGGGCGGAUUCGCUGGUCAGCUCGGCGGAGAUGUCCGUGUUCCGCAGGGUGGGCGAGCCCCAGGAGCUGCCCGCGGCGGACAGGUACGGCCGGGCCCCGUUCCGCGGCGCCCCGGAGCGCCAGGGCAGCAUGGCCGUGCCCGAGGCCCAGUUCCUCAAGCGCAACGGGCGCUACGAAGACGAGCACCCUUCCUACCAGGAAGUGAAAGCCCAGACUGGGAGCUUCCCGGUUAAAAACCUCACGCAAAGGAGGCCCCUGUCGGCACGAAGCUACAGCACAGAGAGCUACGGCACGGCCCAAACGCGGCCGGUCUCAGCGAGGCCCACCAUGGCAGCUCUGCUGGAAAAGAUUCCGUCAGACUAUAACUUGGGUAACUAUGGCGACAAGCCUUCCGAUAGCAGUGAUAUAAAGCCGAGGCCUCCCCCUGGGAAGGGAAAUGAGAGCUGUGCUAAAAUGCCCGCUGACUGGAGACAACAGCUACUUAGACAUAUAGAAGCUAGAAGGUUAGACAGGACCCCGUCGCAGCAGAGCGGCCUCCUGGACAACGGGCAGGACGAGGUGGCCGUGGGCAGCCCCUGGACCCCCUACCCGCUGGGCCGGCGGGACGUGCCCCCCGACACCGUCACCAAGAAGGCAGGUAGCCACAUCCAGACGCUGAUGGGAUCGCAGAGCCUGCAGCACCGGAGCCGGGAGCAGCAGUACGAGGGCGGCAUGAACAAAGUCACCAUCCAGCAGUACCAGCCGCCGCUGCCCAUCCAGAUCCCGUCAUCCCAGAGCUCCCGGGCGCCCCAGCCCCAGCGGUGCCUCAUCCAGACCAAGGGCCAGCGCAGCACGGACGCCUACCAGGAGCAGUUUUGUGUGAGGAUAGAGAAGAAUCCCGGCCUUGGGUUCAGCAUCAGCGGUGGAAUAAGUGGACAAGGAAAUCCGUUCAAACCUUCUGAUAAGGGUAUCUUUGUUACUAGGGUUCAGCCUGACGGCCCUGCCUCCAGCCUGCUCCAGCCCGGAGACAAAAUCCUCCAGGCCAACGGACACAGCUUCGUACACCUGGAACACGAGAAGGCUGUGCUCCUACUGAAGAGUUUCCAGAACACAGUAGACUUAGUUAUCCAACACUCCCCAUUGACAUUGUUGCGUAUUUUCCCCCCCCUGCUCCAGGCCCUGCUCGGGAUAUUCCCGUGGGUGAGGCUUUCUGGGGUCCUUGACUGGAGUCCUGGGAAGGGAUGGGUGCGGAUGUUGGAGCUGACACAUCCCAGGGAGCAGCAGUGACCCCGAGCCAGCCCGGGAGGAGCGUUCCCAGCGCAGGGUCAGGGGGACAGCUCCUCACGCCCAAGUCCUGGGGCUGUUCCCAAUGGAGAACCAAAACGGGAAAACACGGGGAAAGCCCCCUGCAGGUGUUUUCAGGGGAUCCCAGCGCCCUGGAGCAAUGGCCAGGGGCUGAGGCACAGCUGGCUCCGGGAUCACCUGCACCAUUCCCAGCCAAAAUCCCAGAGCCAAGGGCGCAGCCAGAGCCCAGGGGCACGGCCGGGGAUGUUCCACUUCUCCAAGAAUCCCCAAACUCUCUCUCUGGCUGUGGGGCCUGGGGAGCUGCAGAGCCAGGGAAGCCUCCAGAUCCCUCCACCCCUAAUAAUUUCCCAUUUUCCCAGCGCCAGCUCACAGUUCCUACCAGGGUGAUGGCAAACCAGGAAAGUUCUCAGCCAGUUGUUCCCAACAGUGACCAUUUAACAUCCUCAAAUCCGGUUUCAUGUUUUCCCAGGUAUUUUUUUCACACAUCCACGCCUGCACCUGUGUUUGGUGGCAGGGGACAAGGGGCUCCACACAGGGAGCAGGCAGGACAAGGCUGAGGGUGAAUGGGGCAGCUGAGAGCAGAGCCAAGGAAAUCCAGGAAAAAUCUGAGUAGGAAAUGUCCAGGAGGUUGCUGUUGGUAGUGAGCACUUGGAGUGCAAAGAUGUUGCUUGGUUAAAAUCCUUUCCAAGGCCUAAAGGGGCUCCAGGAGAGCUGGAGAGGGGCUGGGGACAAGGGAUGGAGGGACAGCACACAGGGAAUGGAUCCCAGUGCCGGAGGGCAGGGCUGGAUGGGAGAUUGGGAAUCAGGAAUUGUUCCCUGGCAGGGUGCUGAGGCCCUGGCACAGGGUGCCCAGAGCAGCUGUGGAUCCCUGGCAGUGCCCCAGGCCAGGUUGGACACUGGGGACAGUGUGAGGUGUCCCUGCCACGGCAGGGGUGGCACUGGCCGGGCUCUGAGGUCCCUUCCCACCCACCCCACUCCGGGAUGCUGUCACCCCUCUGCGCUGUAAUUAGCGCUGAAUUACCCGAUGCAAUCAGAGCUGCUUCAGUCCCACGCGUGAGCAGAGCUCUGACGGGGAACGCAAGGACAGGGAACGCAAAAGCAGGGAGAGGAACCCCACGCGUGGGAUCGGCUGAGGGCAGGGCUCAGGACAGGGCUCGGGGGGUUUAUUCCCAGGAAGUGCCCGUGGAUGAGGGACAGGGCUGGGACAGGGGCGCUCCGUGAGCCCCUGGCCAGGCAGAGCCACUCCCGCAGCAGCAGGGUUGGGGACAGGUCCCAGAAUGACCCAGAGGGUGACAGAGCCACGGGGUCACCGCCCACCCUGGCAGGAUUCGGACAAAAAUAACCACAGCGAGCCCCAGCUCAGCGUCAGGAAGAACUGCUAUCCCUGGAGGAACAGCUGCCCAGAUCCGGGUGUGGGGUUUUCCUCUCCGGAGACAUCCCCACCCCAGCUGGAGGCAUUCCCUGCUCCAGGCUGGACGGGAUCACAUCCAGAGGUCCCUCCCGACUGCCCCUCCUGCGAUUCUGUGAACGGGCGGGAUGGCACAGCUAGAAUUUCCAAAGGAGACUGGGGAUGUUGUGUGCAGCUGGAGCUCCCUGCCCGUGCCCCGUCCCUGGCCGCCCCUUCGGGAGCGCACGGAGCCGGGGCUGCUCCCGGCAGGCAGGGCAGGCCCGUGCCGUGCCCCGACAGCUUCCCGGGCACCACUUUGGACAGGAUACGGAUCCACGGAUCCGCGGGGAGCUGGCCCGGCCCUGGAGCCACGGGCGGGCACAGCCGUGGUGGCACCGGGGCCAGGCCCGCGGGGUGCCACCACCCAAUCCCAAAAGGAACCGCUGGCAAAUCACGGAAUUUCAAACCAAAAAAAAAAACCCCCAAAACCCAGCUUUUUGCCGAUCCUCCCCCUGGCCGAUUCCAGCUGAUUUAGUGGAAUUGACUGACUGGCACCGUGGCACGGGUCAGGAUCGGCGGGGUUCCGGGCGCUGCUGGCACAGGAGGUGGCACCGGGGCCGCUCCGUGUCCCUUGGGUGGCGGUGGCUGUGUCCCCUCCCUCCCCUUCCCCGGGCAGGGCACUCGCUCAUCACUUCGGUUUUCUACCUGUGAGUACUGUAUCCAGUUCAGAACCAACUGCUUCCUUUAGUAAAGGUUUUACCAUUUUAUAAAAAGACAUGUUUAAUUAUGAUGGAGAUGGCUGUAUUGUAAUUAAUAUUUUGAGAUAAUUGUGAUUUUGAGCUUAAAUUAUAUACAGAAAUGGUCAUUUUUGUAUGUGUUCAAAGAUUGCUAUAUUCCAGAUGACUGUACUUUUCAGUUGAACUCCAGUAACCAUGUAAAUAAAGCUGAAUGAGGAAAUAUUUACUACUUUAUUAACAUAGAUUGUGAAUGUACUCCAUGGGGGGGUUUUUUUCGGUUUUGUUUUUUUUUUUAAUUUUUUUUUUUUUUUGCAGUUAUAAAAAGACUUACCGAACUUGAAAAGCUGCUUCAUUUUAUGUGCA